AUGGCCACUCCGUGCGCGCAUCACCAUCACCACGGCGCCGGCACGUCAGCCUCGGAGCAGAACAAAGAAUUCUUCAACAAGGAGGCUGCUCACUACGAUACCAAGCAUGAGAAGACCCUCAACAGGUUGGUCGAGGAGAUUCGGGCGAAGCUCGACUUCAUUGGCGCGGACUGGGUCGAGGAAAACGAAGAGGAGUCCAAGGAGGGAGCCCAGGAGAAGACCGUGAGACUGUUGGACUAUGCUUGUGGAACUGGCGUUGUCUCACAGGCCCUCGCUCCAUACACCACCCAGUGCGUGGGCAUUGAUCUGUCGGAGAACAUGGCAACGGCAUACAACACUCGCGCUGAAAAUCAGGGCCUCACGCAUUCGGAGAUGCGCGCCUACCAAGGCAACCUCUGCGAUCCGGAGGAUCCCACUCCGGAAGCCUUUGCCGCGCCGGAAUUCUCCAACUUUGAUGUCGCGGCCGUUGGUCUGGGCUUCCAUCAUUUCGACGAUCCCGCCCUCGCGGCCCGCAGGUUGUGCCAGCGUCUCAAAACCGGAGGCGUGCUCGUGAUUCUAGAUUUCUUCGCGCAUGACAAGCCGGAUCCCUCGCACCCUGCGUCGAAUACCAUCACGCAUCAUGGCUUCUCCGAGGAGCAGGUCAGGCGCAUCUUUGAAGAGGCUGGUGUAGGCAAGGACUUUGCGAUGGGGGAGGUUGGUGCGGUAUUCCACUUCUCGAAAGAGGAUGGCAGUGAGGUGCGGAGGAAGAUCUUCAUCGCCCGUGGCACGAAGGCUUGA